ACGGACACCGAGCCCGGCGGGCCCGGCCGCCGCGCCAUGCGAGCGGGCUGAGCCCGGAGCGCGGCCGGGGCACGAACCGAGCGGCCCGAGAGCGGCGGGGGCGGCGCCUCCGGAUCCAAGGUGCUGGUGUCUCGCCCUGCCUGGAGCCUGAGGUCCCGCGUGUCCAUCCGCCUCCCGACGUCACCAAUGCGACCAUGGGAACUGGCAGUGAAUAGGCGGCCUCCCUCUGCCCCUUUUAACCAACGUCGUUUCUCAGGGGGACCCUGCAGCAGCCCUGACCACCUCCGGCGAAGCCCCCCUGUCCGGCGUCAGUGGGGACGACGCGACCGACCUCUGGCAACCCUGCUGGGCCAGGAUGAGACCCAGCUGCACCCUGCCUUCCCCCAGCAGCCGCACAUCCCUGUAGAUGAGCCCCGCGCCUACGCUCUCCCCAGCACACCGCCACGAAUGCUGCACCCGGCCGCUCACCCGCCCCACCAGAACCCAUUCAUGGUGGAUCUUCAUGACCAGGUGCACCAGGGACCCGUCCCUCUCUCCUACACGGUCACCACCGUCACGACGCAAGGCUUCCCCAUCCACACCAGCCAGCACAUCCCUGGGUGCAGCACCCAGCAGCUCCCAGCAUGCUCAGUGAUGUUCAGUGGACAGCACUACCCGCUCUGCUGCCUCCCGCCCCCGUUGAUCCAGGCAUGCGCCAUGCAACAGCUCCCAGUCUCCUACCAGACGUUCCCUCCCAUCAUCUCCAGCGACCAUUACAUCCUGCACCCGCCCCCGCCGCCAGUGCCCCCCCACCAGCCGCCCCACAUGGCUCCCUUGGGGCAGUUCGUGCCUCUCCAAGCCCAGCACCCACGAAUGCCUCUGCAGAGGAUAGACAAUGAUGUGGACCUGCGAGGGGAGCAGCACCCCAUCGCCGGCUUCACGUACCCCCCAUCCCACCACGCUCCCACGCUCUCCCCCUCCGUGCCGCUGCAUUACCUCCCCCACGAUCCGCUGCACCAAGAGCUGCCAUUCGGCGUGCCAUACCCCCACAUGAUGCCCCGGCGGCUGAACACCCAGCGGUACCGGCUGCAGCAGGCACUGCCCCCCCCGCCGCCCCCUCCGCCGCCCCCUCCGUACUACCCGAGCUUCCUGCCCUAUUUCCUCUCUAUGCUUCCUGUGUCGCCAACGGCCGUGGGACCCACGAUCAGCCUGGACCUGGAUGUGGAUGACGUGGAGAUGGAGAACUACGAGGCAUUACUGAACCUGGCCGAGCGGCUGGGGGAGGCCAAGCCACGGGGACUCACCAAAGCAGACAUCGAGCACCUCCCGUCGUACCGCUUCAACCCCGAGAGCCACCAGUCCGAGCAGACCCUGUGCGUGGUGUGCAUGUGUGAUUUUGAGUCAAGGCAGCUACUUAGAGUCUUACCCUGUAACCACGAGUUCCAUGCCAAGUGUGUCGAUAAGUGGUUAAAGGCAAACCGCACGUGCCCCAUCUGCCGGGCGGACGCGUCGGAGGUGCAGCGUGAUGCGGACUGAGGCCGGCGGGCGCCGAGCCGCACAAUUCCUUACAGGAUGAGGACGUCGUUCCAGGGGCGGGGGAUGCUGCCGGGGCCUGGCCGUGCGCUUACCCCCCCCAGAGCCUCCUCGGACGUGGUGAGCGCUGAGCAGCCCGGGCUGCGGCCGUUCCUCCUCCUCCGCCGUGCACGGAGCCGCCGCAGGGUCUGAACGCUGUUGUGCUGGUGGCGGCCGCGUCCUCCGUGUCCUCCGCACUCCAAAGACGCUGUCGUCGCUCCAUCACUCUGCAGGUCUUUGUACUCACUAGGAAUUAUUACCACCUCCCCCCGUUCCUCCAUUUGUGUUGGUUUUAGGGUAGGUCGGUUUUAGUUCUUUUUUUCCCCUUCCUUUUCCUUUUCCCAUCACAUUUUGGUUCUGUGGCCGCUCUUCCCCUCGGCGGCAGGAGGAGAGCGGAGGGCGGCGGGGCUGGGGUCACUCUGCAGCGCUCCGAGUCCUUCCCAGGCGGGAGGAGGCCCCGGCCCCAUCCCCAGCCCCGACCCCGCUCGGUCCGUGCUCUGCGGGGCGGCCGGGCCCGUUUCCCCCCGGGGCUCCCGAGCGCCUCGUCCUGCGGGCCGGGCUGCCCCGAGUCGUUUUGCAUGAUUAAUUAGCGAGGAGGAGGAGGAGGAUGAAGGGGGGGGGGGCGCAAGGAGGGGCUGCCCUCCCCGCGGUGCCGACGCCCGGGAGCCUCCGCGCGGCCCAAUGUAAAUGUUCACAAUAUGCAUGCAUGUCUGACCAGCUUGGAACGUGGUCUUGGCUACGUGUAGCCGGCUGUGGGGUGAGGGGGGUGGGGAGAGGGGUUUUUGUGCUCAGCUGAUACUGCCAUGCACUGUACUGCACAUGUCCGCAACGCCUCUGCAGGACCGUCAGGCUUUCCGGGCCGUCCCCGCGGGGCGGGGCGGGGCGGCGGGGCUGGGCCCCGGCACGGCGAGAUGCGGGAGGGCGGUGGGCACCGGGGGGCGGUGCGGGGCGGGUCGCUAUUGGCCGGCUCCUUUUGCCUCCCUUUCUCGGCCACCCGUCUGCGGUCGAGGCCGCUCCGCCGGCACCGCUGGGCUCGGUGCCCCCUGGGCAGGAUCCCGCCCCCCCCCCGUCCCUCAGUGACAGAACCAAAGGAGACCCACAUCGCAACACGGAGACGCCCCCCCUGCCCCCCAUGUCCCCCAUGUCCCCCAUGUCCCCUCCCGCCCUCGCGGUGCCCAGGGAGCCAGGAAAGCCUUACGGUCCUUUGACGGCGACUCGAAAGCUCACAGCUCGUGUGCUGCAGAAUUUAUUCCAAUGAGCAGCUACAAGUAUCAUUUCAGAAGAGAAAAAAAAUAAAAGCAGGAAAAAAAACAACAAAAAAAAGAAAAAAAAAAGAAAAAAAAAGAGAAAAAAAAAUCCUAAAACAAAAACCCCAACAAAAAAAAAAAUCCAAGAAACCAAUUAUUUAGGGUGUUUGUGAUUGCUGACUGCGCUGUAGAUACCACUGUUUACCAAUGAUUUCCUGUGGUGGGAUAGUGGACUGUUUACUGUUCUAUAUACCAGUCCAUGGGCCGACGGGCCCAGGACGUGUGUUCUGUGUUAGAAAGUUUUUAUAUAUAUAUAUAUAUAUAUAUAUAUAAAUAUAUAUAUAUAAUUUUUUUUGCUCUGUUACUUGCACAUUUUACAGUUACCUCAUUUUUUCCCCCCAUGUAUGUAUUUGAAAAACAAAAACAAACAAAAAAAGGCUAAUAUAUAGAAAAAAAAAACACAAAAAAGAAGAAAAAAAAAAGGUUCUUAAAGCUCUAAAAAGUGUUCGGUUUCGGUUUGUUUUUAUGUUCGUUUGGUUUUAUUUUUUCCUUCCAUUCCAUUGGAAUCAUCUUGGUUUUGUAGCAUUUAACAUUAACUAGUCUGUUGUAUUAUAUAUAUGUGUAUUAUACUGAUUGAAAUUUUUAACAGAUUUGUACUUUUUUUAAGAUGAAAGUUGCUAGUUCUGCUUGACCAAGUAGUGCAAUCAUUAUUUUUUUUAAUGUCGUGGCUGAUUUUGAGAGGGAUAUUCACUAAUAAAUGUAUGAUGUAUACCAAG